AUGGGAAAGAACAUUCAACUUGAUACUAAAAGGCUGAGCAUUGGCCUUUCGGAGGAUGGAGGAACUGAUGAAGACAAGAUUAAGAGAACUUGGAUGGAGGAGAAGCUCGAGACACAUGAGGACGGUGAAGAUAGUGAAGUUGAGAUUCAAGGGUCGAAGAAGAUAAGAAAAUUUAUAACAAAUGGAGAUGAUGAGGAUGAUGACAAUGCUCAAAAUCUUAUAUGUGCUGAAAAAGGUACUGCUGGAUUUACCGAAGCAAUGGACUCCUCCAUUCAACUUAAAGAUCAAAGCAUUAGGCUUGUAGAAGAUGGUGGAGACAUUAGUGGAAACUCGAGGAAAAGGACAGAACAAUUGCCGGAAGAGAACCCUAAGACACAUGAAGACAAUGAUAGUGAAGAACCUGAUAGCUGUAGGCCAAAAAAACGUAGGAGAAAACUUAUUCUCAUUGACUACGAAGACGACGAGGAUGGUGAUCAAAAUCGGGCAGGUGUUGAAAUUGGUACUGCUAGAUUGACAAAAGAAACGGUUGUUGUGAAGGAAUGUUCUACCGAAGUCUCUAGUCCAUUUCUGUCUGCAUCUUUAAUGCUGCAACAGUAUGGUUCCCUGCCCAUAGAUGAACACGUUUGGAGCGGAACCAUUAAUAUAAGCAGCAACAAAAAUAUUUCAUUGGCUGCACAUUUGUCAACCAAAUGCUGUGAGGAGGCGUGGAACCUGGCAGAAUCCUUGCAGCAAGAGAUUGCCCACUGA